UUUAUUAGUUGAUUCAUUUGCCUGUAUUUUGAGGAAUUCCUAAUUAUCUGUAACAACCUCUGUUCAUGCGCAGAGAGAUGGCGAUGUGCGAACCCCCUCAAAAACAGUAUAGACGCAUAAGCGAUCUUGCUCGACCGAAGCCGUUACCGGCUGGUUUUAUUGAGGACAAAAGAUCAGUAUAUUCUGAGUCAAAGAUUGUCAAAGCCAAUCACCAAGAACCAACAAAGUUUAUACUCACCGAUAGAUUGGAACAAUUGUGCGAGCCCAAACCGUACCACUAUGAUUUUGCUCAGGACCGACCGUCCCCAAAGUGGCCUGUGACACCAUCUGCCCAAAAAGCGGCUGCGUCUACAGUUGUGGAGAAUCUUGCCCGACCAAAGGCAAUCCAUAGAGAUUGGGUUGAGGGUCGCCCCGUGCAAACUGUUGUAAAAUCAGGUGCAAUGAAGGCCAACGCCUCAGAACGUCUCAGUCAAUUAUCACUUCCCAAGAAAGGUGCUGCAAAUGUUGUGAUGGAAGAAACUGAAACUCCUUACAAUGAGGGGAUCUCUACAAUCAAUCCGGCCGCCCUGAAGGCAGUUGCUUCCACAAGAAUUGAAACUUUGGCCCAAGAGAAACAGACUCAUCAGUCUUAUCUGCCGCCAUGCCCUGUGCAGAGUAUUGUUAAUCCCAAAACUAUGAAAGCUAAAGCUUCUGCACAUGUUGCUCAACUGGCUCGACCAAAAGAUAGGAAGGAGCUUGAGGAAAAUCCAAAUGUCUGGAAAGUUUCUGCUGGUGCUAAGGCUGCACAGGCUUCACAGCGUAUAAAUGAGCUUUCUGCUCCAAUCCCACGCAAGGUUCGUGCCAAAAAAGCAACUGCUGUUCCCACUUAACCUGUUACAAUUUAAUUGAGAAUCAUGUUUCUCUCGAAAUCAAAACAGUUUUAAAACUUCAGAAGACUUGCAGGAAUCUAGUUUUUAAGUUUUAGACUGGGUCUUUUUAGCCCAAAAGUAAUUGGGAUUUGAUCUUGCAUGUGUACUCUCUGACUAACACAAUUUAAACUCUAAAUUUCUUUCAUUUUUGGAAAAAAACCAUCCAACCGUAAUUUUAUUCUUUAACUCGAUAAUAAGCUGGUUUAUUUAUAUCAAAGUAAGAAUUGCAUGAAAAUUUGGGUAAAGAUUUUGGGUUAUUAAAGAUUUUUGAUGUAUGAAUAGGGGAGAUUAAAUUAUCUGAACAGAUGGAAAUUCUAUGUUUUAAAUUCUUUGUAAAUUGAGCUGAGUGUUUGUAAAAUAGAAGUUGUAUAUUACAUAUUCUUUUAGUAAGUUAUUUUCAAUCUUUUAUGUUAUUUAUUAUGA